AUGAAUGGAACUGGAGAAGACCCGAAACAUGGCGAUGGCCUCACACAACCCCCUCGAGAAUUGCCCACGCCGAUAGCGACGAAAACACCAGAUGCGCCCCCUCCAAAGGCAGACGAUGCCCUUACCCAAGGACUUCGAUUUCUCUCCACAGCCGCCCCCGAAACCCUCGGCGCAAUCGCAGUAGGCCUGGCCGCAUGUACAUAUUUGAUUCUGGGGAAAUUGGGAUUGAUUCUCAUCGGCGCAUUGGGGGGUGUGGUUCUGCAUACUACUUGGGAAGGACAAAGUUCUUUGGUCGGAGAGGUCAAAAGCAUACACAGAGAGCAAGGUCUAGACGUCGUAAAGCGUAUCCUGGAUUGGAGAGACUUACAACCCAAGAACCUGGACGAGGAAGGGGACUCGACACUACAGAAUAGUUUCGAGAGCUUUCGACCAGAAACGGGAGCGGCGCUAAAUGAACUGGUAGAAGCUGUGAUUCGAGAUUAUGUGAAGUGGUGGUACAAUCCUAUCCUUCCAGAAGAGACAACAUUUCCCGCUGCGGCUCGCCGGACAUUGACGAGUUUCCUCCUGUCCGUAUCUUCGCACUUGUCGCGUAAACGGCCAGCCGAUGCUUUUCUCGAUUUCCUCACGAAUUCAUCCUCCAUCGUGAUUGUUUUUCUUCAUGAAUUGUCGAGCGCUCUAGCGACGCAGCCAGCCAGUAUGCCGGCUGCAGAAGCAGUUUACGCAUAUCUAUCGGCAAACCCGGAUUCAAAUCUAGCCAACGUAUUAAACAAAAACCAGCAUAUGAACAAGUUCAAGAUGGUCGCGGAUGAUGUAUUGCAGAACUUCCUGGAGAAGCGAACGUACGACUGUGACCCAUCAAGGGUUUUCCUCAGAGAGAUACUAGCCGGCGUAGUGUUGGAUAUGACCCUGAAAAGCACCUCUAAGCCUGAGUGGAUCAAUGGCUGGAUUGUCUAUCUUUUGGAGGAUGGAGAACCAGACUUGAGUCAAGCGAUUGAUGUGGCCAUGGCAGAUCGUGUUGACCUCAGCAAUCCUUUCAAUGAAAUAGAUGGAAAUGUGGGUAAUGUUGGUCUUAUCAAGCGAAGUGAUUCCAGAAAAGACCAACAUAGUGCUAAGGGCCACAAGAAACGAGUAAGCGAAGCUGGGGAGGCCAUGGACGAAGCAAUGCUAGAGGCCAAAAGACUGUCUCUGCUAAUAGCAGAAGAGGACGCAAAGGCACCUCAGGUUUCGCAAAAUCCUCUAGAGAAUAUCCCCGAGAAGCUUGCGAUCGCAGUCGAGAAAACUGCACAGGAUUUGACAUCCAAAACGAGUGAGGAGGCCAUACCAAUCACACCCAAACCAGCGGUUCCGAUAACCCCAAACAGUAAUUCUAACACAAUAGAAUCCAAUGGAUCUCCCCGAGGAGGUGAUAAAAUGAUCGGUUCUCCCGUCUCAGAAGCGCGAAAGGAAGUAGCUUCUCCCUCUACCUCAGAUGGCUCCUUGCCAACACAAAGUCCCGCACCGUUCACCAGCUUUGACCAAAUCGUGCCUCCUGCUCCUACCGCCUUUCAAGAUCCCUCGCCUCGUCGCAAGACACUUGCCCUCACGCUUCAUAACGCAAGCAUUAUCAUUCAUGAUGACUCGAUAGCAUCGGACAAAGGGAAAAUUCGAACUAAACCCACUAUCGAAUAUCUCAUUCAGGUCGAGCCAGCUUCUUCUGAUUAUCCUGGUUGGAUGACAGUGCGUAAGUACAGCGAUUUCGAAAGUUUGCAUGAGGUUCUCCGACGAAUCGCAAAGCUGUCCGGAGUCACAGCGUUUGCUGAGCAACAUAGCUCACUGCCUAAUUGGAAAGAUCAUACAAAAUCUUCUCUACGGGGUGAGCUAGAACGAUAUAUCAGAGAUGCAUGCUGGCAUCAGCACCUAGCUGAAAGCGAGGGCAUGAAACGAUUUCUUGAAAAGGACCAGGGGCAGAACACUUCAAGUUCAAGUACCAAGAGUGGAUUUCUUGGAAUCAGCUUACCACCUCAUCCCGGCUUUGAUACAGUGGGAAAAGGAUUCGACACUGUGGGGAAGGGUAUGUUUGACGUGAUUACUAGUGCUCCAAAGGGAGUAGCAGAGGGCGGGAAAGCAAUCGGUGGAGGCAUCACCAACGUUUUCAAUACCAUCGGGAAUCUUGGACAGAAGAAGACCACGAAUGAUAGUAUAAUUAUGGCCAGGCACACAAGCCAAUCUUCAACCUCAACCUUGUCUCGAAUGGACAGUAAUAUUUCCAUCAGCAGCAAUCAUAAAGCGAGAGCGAGCGAAGAUAAUCUUCGAGCCGUACCAAUUGUUCAAACACAGCCUGCAAAAUCUCCACAGAUGGAACGCAGGCUUAGCCAUAUUUCAAUUGCAGAAGAUGAAGGUGAGCGGGAGCCACGAGUAUCUACUUCCGCUAGAUCUUCGAUGAGUGGUAAGAGGAGUGCAGUACCAAGUAGAGACCCAAGUAGAGCGCCCUCACGAAGAGGGACACCUCUUUCAUCGCCUACACAAACCACAAUAGAAGGGCUCAAACUUCCGCCGCCACCCAGUGCUAUGUCCGAAGACUACGGGACAGAGUCAAGUGUUUUUACAGAAAGCACUACGUCAGCAAGUCGAACAUCAACAAGUACCGCACCUCAGUUAUCACCCGCGCGUUCGUCAAUGUCCACAACUCGCAGGAACUCUGUACCUGUCACCUCUCCUCAGAAACCACGUAAGGAAGCACAGCCAGUGACAGAGGAAGAAACCCGUAUGGCAGUAGAACUUCUCUUCGCCAUGGUCAGCGAGCUCUAUACCCUCUCCUCAGCCUGGAAAUUCCGCCGCACUUUGUUGAACGCAGCCAAGACUUUCCUGUUACGUCCUGGGAAUCCAUCGUUAUCCUCCAUUCAGACUCUCAUUCAAGAUUCCCUGAUCGCAUCCAAUACUUCUGAUGCGGGCAUUGCUUCUCACCUUAAAAAACUGCGGGAAAAUACCUUGCCCACGGAAGAGGAGUUGAAGGCCUGGCCCGCGGAAAUGACGCUGGAAGAGAAAGAGAGGCUGAGGAUCAAAGCCAGGAAAUUGCUUGUGGAGAGAGGUGUACCGGCUGCUUUAACUGGAGUUAUGGGACAGGCUGCCACGGGGGAGGCGAUGGGUAGGGUAUUUGAUUGUUUGCAAAUUGAGGAGGUUAACCAGGGUUUGAUGUUUGGGAUCUUGCUUCAAUGCGUGAGGGUUAUUACGCAGUAA